UCGUGCCCAGGGGCGGGUGGAACGGGCUGACGGACGCGGCGAUGGGCCAGUGUGAGCGGCGAGUGGGACGUGCGUGGCGUGCGUGCGUUGGCCUGGGAAGCACUGGACUUGUGAGGUGUGCGAGCUGGUAGCAGUGAGACUUCGGCGGACAUGGCUCCCAGCGUGCCAGCGGCAGAACCCGAGUAUCCUAAAGGCAUCCGGGCCGUGCUGCUGGGGCCUCCCGGGGCCGGUAAAGGCACCCAGGCACCCAGACUGGCUGAAAACUUCUGUGUCUGCCAUUUGGCUACUGGGGACAUGCUGAGGGCCAUGGUGGCUUCUGGCUCAGAGCUAGGAAAAAAGCUGAAGGCAACUAUGGAUGCUGGGAAACUGGUGAGUGAUGAAAUGGUAGUGGAACUCAUUGAGAAGAAUUUGGAGACCCCCUUGUGCAAAAAUGGUUUUCUUCUGGAUGGCUUCCCUCGGACUGUGAGGCAGGCAGAAAUGCUCGAUGACCUCAUGGAGAAGCGGAAAGAGAAGCUUGAUUCUGUGAUUGAAUUCAGCAUCCCAGACUCUCUGCUGAUCCGAAGAAUCACAGGAAGGCUGAUUCACCCCAAGAGUGGCCGUUCCUACCAUGAGGAGUUCAACCCUCCAAAAGAGCCCAUGAAAGAUGACAUCACUGGGGAACCCUUGAUUCGUCGAUCAGAUGAUAAUGAGAAGGCCUUGAAAAUCCGCCUGCAAGCUUACCACACUCAAACCACCCCACUCAUAGAGUACUACAGGAAACGGGGGAUCCACUCUGCUAUCGAUGCAUCCCAGACCCCUGAUGUUGUGUUCGCAAGCAUCCUAGCAGCCUUCUCCAAAGCCACAUCCUAGUAUCAGAAGGCCAGGCGAGACUACACCACUGCUCAUCACCCUGCGGCGUGAUCCCUGCUCUUAGGUGCUGGGCAGAAGGAAAGGGUGGUCAGGGUGAGGAUGGUGAGGGAGGGCUGGUGAGGGGCUCAAAGGAAUGGUUGGAACAACAGCAGUGUUACUGUAGUGUGGGAGUUUCUUUUAUACAUAGGUGGGAGUUUUUAAAGUGUAAGGGAAAAAUUAAUUUUUUAAAAAAUGCCAUGCUUGGAGGGUGGGGGUAGAAAUAGAGAGAUACAGUAUUAUUUCUAAGGAAUCGGGUUUUCAUUUACUCUGGACUGGUGAAAAUAUUUUUUAAAGCCAGUGCACUAAGACCUCAGCUUUUAUCUCAGAACCCCAUGGGUUCCAGACCAAGAGUACAGGAAAUCAAAUUGUUGUCCUGUGUGUCUAUAGUUUGCAACAGGGAGGCUUUGAUUACUGACCCUGGUUCCACACACUGUAAGAUCAAAAAACCGUCUCCACAUUUGAAAGAGAUGUAAGGUGUAUUCAUAGGGAUGGUGGCUCAACAAAUCAAGCAUACUGGAAUCAAGGGGAGGGGGAAGGGAAUGGAAUGGAAAGGGAGGCUGAUUCCCUUCCCCUGACUUACCGCUGAUUUACUAGGCUACCUACUCUCAUGAGUAACCUCUCACAGCUAUGCAGCACAUGCCACAAUCCUAUGCUCUUGCCUUCUUUUAUCUGCAGUGUGUGAAGGGACUCUUUUAAAUAAAUGAGCAAGUGUCCUAAGCUAUGUCAUCCAAAGAUUGUCCUUUCCAUGAUCAAAUCCUGUGACUGGGAUCACUCAAUAGCACUGUGAUGUAUUAUUUUCAAUGAGGUGCCUUUCUUAACUGACCAAAUGCUGCCUUGUUUGGCCCCUAAAUCAAUAAAAUGUUAAAAUUUGUAUCCCCUGUUGUGGCAUUUUUUAAGAUAAUCUAAGCUAGAAAAAUGAUACUGAAUUCUGGACCUGGCUUGGAAGGAAAAGAAGCCCUUUCUUAUGGUCACUGGCAGCUGUGUGGUAGGGAGGUCCAAGUAUGUGCACAUAAGAUAAGCGUGUAACCUCUGGACCUUCAGCUCCUAUGCAGGCUUUUCUUGAGCCCAGAGACAAGGCAGCUUGGUCCAGUGGAGCUAGCACUGUGCUUGGAGUUCAGGGGACCUAGGACAAAUCCCAGCCAGUUAGUUAUUCACUCUGCUCCUGUUUCCUCAGCUGAAAAAGGAAGUUGGUUAUGCCACCUUCUUGGCCUUAAUGGCAUUAAAUGAAAUUUAUAGGAAGAAGAUUUUUGCUUAGUACCUAGCACGCAACAGACAUUGGAUAAAUGUUAGUUGGAUCCAGAUACACACAGAAAAAUACCUGCUUCCUGCCAGACUGGAUAAUUGUUGAAUGGACACUUGUCCAUAGUCUAGAAAGCCAGGGCUUCUAAUCCCUAAGCCAGAUCUUUGACUACCUUUUCAGUUGCUUCUUUAGCACUCUUUGUUGCUUCUCUGUGUGUCCUAGUUUAAAUUCAUUUCCUCUCCAGCAAAAGUGAGUUUAAAUCAUUUGUCCAAACUAAAGCUCUCAUGCUUUUGGAAGGGCUGCCUUUGCAAGUGAGUUUUCUGAGAAAUGACUGUUGCUCCCAAAACAAGAGGGAGCUGGCUGGAAGCACCACUAUUCUUCUUUAGGCAUCUUGUUACAGAGAGAGGCAGGAUCUUCACUGACAUACUAAAUCCUGUUCCCUGAACCAGCCCCUCCUUCUUCUGCUCCACUUCCUCACCUCUGCAGAGUCAUUUUCAGGUGUCAUCCUUAUACUGAUUUGCACUGAUCUGUUUGUUCCCUGAGCUUUCUAAAUGCCCUAUGAAAAUUUUCUUUCGUCCGUCGGUCAUCAUGCAUCUAAUUGCGGGGAAAUGUUUGUCAAACCAGCCUGCAAAGCAGCAUGGUGUAGUGAGAAGAAUAAACAGAGAAGACUGGGUGAGCUAUUGUUUGUUUGCUUCUUUGGGCCUGGGUUUCCUCUUCCAAUCUGCAAACCAAGAAUGCAGACUAGUCCUACCACUCCCAGAAGACUGACGUUAUGCCAGGUACUAUGCAAAGGCUUCAUGUAACCCUCGACUUCUUCAGGUAACCCUCACACAGCACCCUGUGGAGUCAGAACUUUCCUUCGCUUUUAUAGGUGAGGAAACCAGACUCAGAGAGGUGAAGUGGCAUUCCUGAGGUCAUGCAUAAGAGGCAGUCAGGACUGAAACACAGUCUCUAACACUUACCUGUCCCCUUGACCUUGUUGCUGAAGUGAUUUAAUUACUUGCGUAGCUCUGCAGACAGGAAGGGCUGCUCUGAAUAAGAGCUCUUUUCCAUGGACACUCAGCACUGCCAGAACUGAUUUUAAAGAAGUCACUGCCGGCUCUGAGGGCCUAGGGUAUGUGUCUUAGGAUCUCCUGUGUGCACAAAGUGUCACUGAGAGAACACAGCAGGAUGGAGGCAGCCUCUUCAGAAGCCUCACAAGUCUUUCCUCAGAUGAAGACAGGGAGUCAGAAGACAGAUUUCAACAGCAACUUCACCAUGCGACCUUGGGCAAGUUAUCUCACCUCAUCAGUAGAAUGGGAACGAUCCCUACCCCUCAAAGGUGCUGAUGACACUAGUGUCCAAGAUACUCAUGUGGGUUGGACUGCCCAGGACACAGCAAUGCGUGGUAAACACAGAUGGAAUUCAGAGGGAAAAUGUAGGCAUUGAUGAAAGUUGUCUUACCAUCUGGAACCAGGCUAAGGAUCCCCUAGAAAUCAAACCUCUGAAAUUAUAUGCAGAAUUCCUUAUGUGUUUUCAUAAUUAAUAAUAGUCUAAUGUAUUAAAUGCUUAACUGU